GCAGACAUAAUAGUGACGCUGCUUCGGCUCAAAGAUGAGUACGAGGCCCAUCUCCCGGGCCACCGCACGCACAUUCAAUGCGCUCCUUGGUUGGAAUUGUGGUUAUUGCUACAUGAGCAACGUCAUGUACGGCGUCUUAUAUGCCCUUUCACCCGAAUUGUUUCCUACCAAAGAUCGUGGAACUGGUAACGCGAUCGUGGCCGCUGCAAAUAGGAUAUUUGGCGUCAUGGCCCUGAUCAUUGCUCUGUACGCGAACCUCACGACAUCUGUGCCAAUCUGAAUUUCAGGAGCUAUCUUCAUCGUAAUUGGUUUUAUUGCUCUCUUGCUACCAUUUGAACCCCAUGGUCACGCAUCCUUGUAACUAGUCAGUCAUACAUGCCUGGGCGAA